CAGUUUCGAAGUCGCGGUCAUUUGUGCGCUCGACUUGGCCAGUCUUCAUAAGAACCUGCGUCGUCGCGCGAUUGACGCCUUUCUUGAACCCUGCGUCUUGUAAGCCGGCGGCUUCCUAGAUCAUCGUCGAGGGGCUCCUUACCGGUCCAAGACAUGAUUGCGGUGUGGUCGCUCUGGUGUGGGGGGAGAAACGAUGUAUAGCGGGGUGUGCACGAAGCAGGGUCGUGAGUGGGAAGUCGUGGUGUUGUGGGGAGAGCCGCGGGAAUCAAUGGAGAUGGAGUUGCUGGUUGGGCGCGGUCGAGUCGUUGUUGGCGGGCGGCAGUGCCACAAUGACGACGCUACAAGACCCCGGCCGCGCUUUCUGGUGGCUGAGCAACAACGAUUCCGAUUCUGACCCAACCGUCCAACUUCAAUGUUUUCACUUCGACCGCUGCAGCGUGCAGCGCCCUCGCCUUUCCGUAUAUGCUCGACUUGUCUGCGCAAGUACUCCGUCACUCCACCACGGCGACAUGAUGCCAGUGACAGACAGAAGAAGGUGAUAUUCUCCGGAAUCCAGCCCACCGGAGUACCACAUCUAGGAAACUAUCUCGGCGCACUGCGACAGUGGGUGAGGCUUCAAGAUGAAGCAUCUCCGGACACCACACUUCUGUUCUCCAUAGUCGAUCUGCACGCCGUCACGAUAAAACAGGACCCCAGUGAAUUGGCAAGAUGGCGAAAAGAGAUGCUGGCUAGUCUGCUAGCAGUGGGACUCGAUCCUAAGAGAUGCAUCAUAUUUGCGCAAAGCAGCGUGAAGCAGCAUGCCGAACUCAUGUGGAUUCUCAGCUGUGGUGCAAGCAUGGGCUACCUGGGACGGAUGACCCAGUGGAAGAGCAAACUCUCCCUCCCAGCUAAUGCCUCCCCACUCGACCCCUCAAACAACAAAGACGCCCUGAAACUUGGUCUUUUCUCUUAUCCCGUCCUCCAAGCCGCUGAUAUCCUCCUCUACAACACCACCCAUGUCCCAGUCGGCGAAGACCAAGCCCAGCACCUAGAGUUCACGCGGGAGCUAGCUGUUGGAUUCAAUCACGUUUACUCAGAGUCACGACCUCUGUUGACCGUUCCGCAAACCCUUCUCAGUCCUGCCAAACGAGUCAUGAGCUUGACUGAACCAACAAAAAAGAUGAGCAAGAGCGAUCCGAAGCCAAAGAGUCGCAUCAUGAUAACAGACUCAAAAGAGCAAAUACACGCAAAGCUGAAGACAGCAUUGACAGACUCAAUUGAAGGAGUCAGCUAUGAUCGUGAAAGCAGACCUGGUGUGUCAAAUCUGAUAGAUCUUAUGUAUCAUUUUGAUGACUCUCUCGCUGCAUCACCCGAAGACCUGGCAAAUGACUUGAAGGAUCUGAGUAUGCGGGCGCUGAAAGAAAAGGUCGCUGAUACCGUUGACAUGGGCAUCAGCGAUAUAAGGCAACGAUAUCAUGGAUUGAUGAGCGGAGAUCAGAAGGAACUAGUGCAGUGUGCGGAAGAAGGCGCGCGAAAAGCAGAGGAAAUUGCCGAAAGCACCAUGCAGAGGGUGAGAAAAGCUAUGGGCAUGGCAUGGUAG